AUGCGGACGGCUGCCUUGGGUGUGUGGGCAUGGGCAGCUGUUGCAAGGGCGGCGCCAGAUCGCGCUGACACGGUCCUGGAUGCCUCCUUUGAGCAUUUCCUGCCGCCCAUUUUCCGUGCGGUGCUCAUGACGGCGCUGUGUAUGUGUGGGUUCGGCGUGAUUCUGCAGGUGUUGCAGCACUGGGACAUGAACGUGUUUCAUGGCCCAGGACCGGCGUCGCGUCUCCCACUCGCCCACACACGCACGGAUCCUACGCGUGAGAGCGGUGCAUUGCCCUUGUAUCUACUUGCCCUAUGCCACGUCGCAUGGUCCACCUUCUGCUGGCUCAUGUACCGCCUGCAUGUUGAGCCACGCACUGGGUUGCGGACGCUGCACGCCCAGGCCUGGGAGACGGCAACGUUGGCGGGCUUGCUCGUGCUCUGGAUCGUUCCGGGCCCGUUUCGACACCUGCUACGUGCCUGGAACCGCUCGCUCGUGCGACUUUUCACGCCGUCGCUGCAACAGCCCAUCCUGUUCACCGAUGUGGUGCUGGCGGAUAUUCUCACGUCGUUUGCCAAAGUUCUGGGCGAUGUGUGGCUCUCCCUUGUGUUGCUGGCCUACUUUGUCAUGGGCCAGCGUGCAGAUGACCGCAUCUUGCUUCAAGCUCAGACGCAUGUGGCCGUGCCCGUGCUCAUCAGCGUGCCGUACGUGAUCCGGUUUCGGCAGUGCUUGUCCGAAUACUACACGUCCGGCACGCGCGUGCGACGCCCUUUGUACAAUGCACUCAAGUAUCUGUCGUCGCUCCCUGUCAUCUGGCUCCGUUCGUGGCCCGUGUUCAUGUCGCUCUCGCCCGGCGCCGCACGUAUCGUUGAUGUGGCAUGGUAUGCGUGCGUACUGUUGAACACGCUCUUUUCGUUCUGGUGGGACGUGACGAAUGACUGGGGCCUCGAUCUGCUCCAACCACACUCGUUUCAUGCACUCGUCACGCAUCCGCCCACGCAGCUGCCGACCUUGCACCGGCGCUCUUCCAGCGAACACGACCACACACAUGCAGCGCUGCCGAUGAAGCCGCAGGGCCAUGUGCGUCGCCCCACAGUCCUGCGGAUGCCUGAGAAGCCCCUACCGCUGCCCCCCAGUUUGUACUGGGCGAUUCUAUGCGUCAACCUGGUGCUUCGCUUCACGUGGUCCGUCAAGCUUAGCUCGCACUGGCAGUUCCUCUGGGACUGGCAGAGGGGCCUGCUUCUUCUCGAAGCGCUGGAGAUCGUGCGGCGAUGUGUGUGGGUCUUGCUGCGCGUCGAGUGGGAAUUGGUGCGGCAACAUCCUAUGGAUCUGUAG